AGAAAAAAUCACUUCACUUGCCACAUUUAACAAGAUGGCGGCGCAAUAUUCAGAUUUACCAAACGAAGAACGGACUGAAAGUGACAAGGGUAAACAGGCCGAAGACUUCUUGUGUACUUCUGAUGAAUAUCAUGACAUCACCUGUACACUGUGUUCCAAAGAAAGAAGAAAUGUAGCAGCGACGAAAUAUUGUGUUGAGUGCGCUAAUUAUUUAUGCGGAAAUUGUGUAGAGCAACAUAACAAGUUUAGCGUGAUGAAGAGUCACCGUAUUGUCGACAAGGCUGCAGCAAAGCAACAUAAAAGCGACCAGAAUAUUGACUUGCCGGUACAGAAAUGUGACAAACAUCAUGGAAAACUUUUGGACAUGUACUGCAAGAACCACGAAGAGGUGUGCUGUGCUGCGUGCGCAGCUAUUGACCACAGCACGUGUAAAGGAAUGGUGUAUUUGCCAAACAUGGUUAAGGAGUUAGACUACCAACAUAACCUUGAAGACACCUUUUGUUGGCUCAGCCACAGCCGAAUGAAAAUGGCACAACUAAAGCUAGCAAGAAUAAAACAUUUCGAAGCAUUCGAAUAUGAAACGAAAGAAAUCAUUGAAGAGAAAAAAUGCAUUCGACAGAGGCUGGACACGCAUUUUGAUGAUCUAGAAAAUAAACUGAAAAAAGAUAUUGAACAAGAGCGCGUAAUUUUCAAAGCCGUUACAGAUAAUGAGGUAAAGAAGUUUGAAGAAACAAUAUCGGCACUGGAUGAUCAGAAACAAACCUUGGAGAGGUUUCGUGAGAGCGAAAAUGCAGCUUCAAUCUUCGUACAGACUAAAAUAGCCAGUAAAUACAUUAAGGAAGCAGAAAAGGUUGAAAAGUUAACAGAAGGUACACCUGAGAAGAGGAUAUACUUUUUACCUAACCGGGAACUAAAUAGAAUUCUCGACUUAACAUCGCUUGGAAAAACAGUAGAAAAUAUACCGGCAUGUUCAACGGAAUUAUUGAAAGUCAUUUCAAUCAAAACGUCCAAGGAAAAGUCGGUGCCAACUUACAGUGGAAUAUGUUCUCUGGAAGAUGGAUCUACACUAAUCUGUGACUGGCAAAACCAAAGCCUGAAGCGUUUAGACGAGAAAUACAGGGUCAUAGAGCAUCUACACCUUCCCGGUCAACCUUAUGACAUAUGUAAAAUAGAUGCUUCAACUGUUGCAGUCACGUUGCCCAAAAUGAAGAAAGUACGUUUUGUUUCCACCGAAAAUCAAAUGAAACUGACUUCUUCCUUUGAGACUGUUGAUGCAUGCCGUGGUAUUACAUACGUUGAUGGUCUAAUAUACAUAGCAAGCGGCGGGUGGAAAAUUUUCAAGGAAGGCCCAGGGCAUAUUGAAAUUUAUAAUGCUUCCGGUGAACUUUACUCCUCCCGGUUUGACCAACAUUUAUCUCAGCUGGGACACAUCAGCAUAUAUGGUUCUCGGCUUUACGUUGCAUCCAACGAUGGUUUGAUUAUUAUGGAUGCCGACGGUCUUGUCUCCAAAAUAUUUACACAUAGGGACAUGCAUAAUCCUCUUGCAGUGUGUGUCGGUCCUGGUAACUUGUUAUUUGUUGGAGGAUGGAGCUCCCACAAUGUGAUGUUGCUACAUAACGAAGGACAGCUAAUACAAUUGUUACUUAGCCAGAAGAAUGGAAUCAAGGAUCUUCACACGUUGUACUAUGACAAAAUCAGAUCACGACUUAUCUACACGAUGCGUGAUUCAAAUAAGAUCAAAAUUUAUGAUCUGAUGUUUAAAACUUGAUAGCAUACUCAAGGCUGGGUUCCCCAAAUUAAUCAUAGCUUGUUGAAGCAACCUAUAUUCGUCUAAAAAUGUGGUUUCUUUACCUGACUUUGGAUACGUUGCCAAGUAUACAUCAUCAUCUCUUAUUUUCAAGUCUCGAACACGUUCUAUGUGAGAUUUCAGAUCUUCGUUCGGUAUUUUCUUCAUCUGGCCUGCCCUGUGUAAAAAUUGGUUAUAUUUUCAUGUAAUUUUCAUCAUAUCAUUCAUUUUUCAUUUUUAUUGACAUUGAAUUAAUUGUUGAAACAGUAAAUCAGCACAGACGAGACUUUGUUAUUUACAAUAUACAAUGUUGAUCAAUAGAUUUCUAAUACAGCGUAUUACCAAGAACGACUUGAAACCAAUAUACAUAUUGGGUUCAGACAAUGAUAGGUCAGGAUUUCAUCUCUAUACAUGCUACAUGUUUUAUUGCAGCUUGAUACCACAUUGUUUAUGAGCCUCAAGACGUCACUGUUGGGUAGGAAUGUUCUAUGUGAUGUUCUUACCCGUCCUUUACCUCUGAAUCAUGUCUGAAAGUGUGCGUGGCAAGAACAGAAUCAUACAUUACUGCCUGAAAUGCUGCAAAGAAAGCAGAUAAACAAAAGAUUAAAGAUUGGUUCAAAAUAUUCUCCAUAAACAGUUUUACUCAUAGUGUACGGCGAUAUACUUACGAAUAUACUAGACCGUAAGCACAUACAAAGCCGCCCUUUACCCCAUCAGCUGAUUCUAUGGUUACUUUUGCCAUCUAGUCUCCCUUGCUGUAUUUUGGGCGUUUUCCUGAAACAAUCGAAAUUAAUUCAGAAACAUAUGGUAUAUUGUUUAAAAAGGGACAUAGCUGAAAAAUAAUCGGACAUUGAAGACAAUGUAUUUAAAAACAGACCAUACUAAAAUAAUAAUAGGGCGUAAAACAAAAAAAAGUAUUUCUCCGCUUCAUGUCAAUUAUGUGUUCAAAAAUCCGUUUGAACCGGAUAAAAACUAUAGGAGUGAAGUGCAUAAGAAAGUGAAACAGACGAACGGAGGGACAGUUAACACACUUUAUGCCUUCCGAGUCUUCAACACUGGGGACAUAAAAUGAUAGGGAGAUUUAAGUGUCUCUACUUAAUGUCUAAUGAUACGUAUUAAAUACAGGCUGAAUUAUCUUAAUUCAGUUAGAUUUGCCCUUUCUUCGACCUUAACCUGUAGCGAUAGUUUUGUAAUUAUCAUCAAGUAGUAUCUAUAGCAAUCUUACUAUUGUGUUAUUACCACUGAAUAUACAAAUACUAACGUAGGGUCGAUAUGAUUUUACAAUUUCAAGUCAGAGGGCAAGUCAUUGUUUUCUAUAUCUCUAUUUUAAUGGUUACGUAGCAUACCAGAAAUGAAUAUUAAAAGGUAGUUGCUCACUUUUUGCGAACAUAUUACUUAAAUAUCUAUACUAAAUUUCUUGAAUCAACGGAAAUCACUACCUGGCUUAAAACUUAGAAAUAAAGCAUGUUUGAACUUUAA